GCCCGCUCCCUUUCAAUUGCAAGUAUGUCUCGCGUCUUGUCUGACCCUCUCUCCCUGCCUGAUCCGGCUCGGUCUUCUUCGCUGUGGCCUUCCCGCCCCCGUCCCCUGUGCUGUACCAGGCCGCUUUGGGUCACGCCAAUUGGCUGUCCACCCCUAUCCUUGCUGCGACAUCAUCGCUGACAUAUUUUUUCCAACUUGCCAGCGAAGCCUCAUCCCUUCUCAACCACUACGCUGUUUCUUUCGAUACGGACUGGUCCCUUAGCGAUAAACCUCGCCCGACACCCAUCCCUUCGAUUCCCUCUGGGUAGUUCGUGCGAAUGUUGAAGGAAGGAGGCCUCGGCAUCCCCUAGUCAACCCCUCUCCCCCCCUACAACAUCGAUAACCUGCGACCGGCAUCAUUGCCUGUACCUUCAACCGCGUCGACUCCUUCCGUCAUACGAUCCUUACCCAGCCACGGCCGAGACUCCCUCAUGACUGCCGUAGCGAGCCCCCCUAGCUUCCAGCAACUCAAUCGACCGGGAUGGAAUGUUAAUGGCGGACAAAGUCUGAAUUCAAUGAAUCCAGAAGACGUCAGAGGCAUGUUUGUGCCGCGGAAGACGCUGCAGAGAAGCAACUCAUCCUCGUCUGUCGCCUCCACGUCGUCAAACUCAUCAACUACCACGGUCGCCACGAAUGCCUCGCAACCAAAUGGCACCCCGGCGUCCACGAACUCCGACAUGAGUUCGUGGUCCAGCACCGCAUCGCGGAAACGCCCGCAGCCCAAAAACGGCCCUUGGCCGCCGAGCAAGCCAGAAGGCCAGGCCGAGUUCGGCAGACCGGUCAUGCGUUCGCCAAUGAACGGAAUUAACGGCAAUUCAUCGUUGCAGGCCCUACCAGGGCAGCCACAAAUGAUGUCGCAACAAGGGCUUGCCGCAAGACCUGCCGGCGAUCCCAUGCCCAGCGGCCAGCCUGUUCUCUAUCUCCUGUCGCUCAACGGCACAUUCGAGCGCAAGACCAUAUCGGUGCCAUUCUAUCCGGAGAGCCUUCGUAUCGGCCGACAGACGAACCAGAAAACGAUCCCAACAGCCACAAACGGCUACUUCGAUAGCAAAGUCCUAUCCAGGCAGCACGCUGAAAUUUGGGCAGAUCGCAUGGGCAAGAUUUACAUUCGCGAUGUCAAGUCAUCCAACGGAACCUUCGUUAACGGGACGCGCCUUUCGCAAGAGAACCGCGAAUCCGAACCACACGAAUUACAGACAGGAGAUCAUCUAGAGCUGGGAAUCGACAUCGUGAGCGAGGACCAAAAGACCGUCGUCCACCACAAGGUAGCCGCCAAAGUCGAGCAUGCUGGCUUCAUGACACCCUCCAGUAACGUCAUGGACAUGAGCUUUGGCGACUUGGAUCCGGCUAACGGUGGCAUGAUGAUGCCUGCACCGGGACCAAUGCCGUAUCGUGGUCGUACGGGAAGCAACGCGUCAAUGGCCAGCAACGGCCGUGUGAUGGCUCCCCAGAACAUGGCUGGCAUACCCCCCAGUGGCGGAGUUGCUCGUGGAUUCUUACUGACACCCAUUACCACGGAGCACAUCGUAAAACGGCUACAUAACGAGAUGCGAAGUGCACGACUACAGUCUCAAGACUUGUCAAGGACGGGCCACUUCAUUCAUGCCUUGUUGAGCAAGGAAGAUGUCAAGGAUCUCGAGAAACCCGAGGCACCAGAAGCCACCAAGCAGCUCCCUAAUGGCAACGCUCUGCCUUUCCGAAACGAUGCAAAGACGAGAUUCUCCGACCCGCCUGCUCCUCCGCCCCAACAACCCCUUCCGGAGAAACCGGAUGUGCCUUCCCUCAAACGAGGUACCACUGAGCGACCCAAGACGAACAGCACUCCGUCACCCGUGGGACGCGACAAUCUGCACCAGAUCAUCCAGCUAACGGAGGCUCUGAACAAUGCCAAGAAGGAGAUGGAUACCCAGACUGCCCGGAUUAAGGACCUGGAGGACAUGUUGCGCAAAGAACGCGAAGCACGCGAGCUUGCCGAAGAUAUGGCAAAGAUACUCGAGGACAGUGCUCCAAAGGAACUGAACGGCGGGCCCAAAGAACACGACACCGAGAGCACACUUGAAGAAGCUUUUGAGCCUCCUCACGAGGCUUUAGAGACCCAUGACAUCGAAAUGACAGAUGCCGAACCACUUGUCAAGGAGCCGGCACCGGAGAGCGCUGAAGAGAUUGCUGCUCGUUUCCAAGUCAAGAUCGAUACCAUGAUGACCGAGAUGAGCGAUCUUAAGCAGCAGAUGGACGCUUGGAGGCAAAGAUGUGAGAAGGCUGAGAUGGAACGCGAUGCCGACCGCAAGACUUUAUCAGAGAUGGUUGCUCAGAUCCGAAGAGACGAAGAAGCUAGGCAGUCAGCGGCUGCGGCAGAGAAAAUUCGGUCUCCAUCCCGUGGGCGACGCGGUCGUAGUGAAAGAGCCACCGAGAAGACUACGACCGUGGUCCAGACAGACGGAUCUAACGAGUCGACGCCCGCGCCAACCCAGACAGCGUCCCCCUUGGACGAUCCCAGCGACAAGCCUACACUAUCGCGGGCUAACACUAUCACGCCACUUACCAUACCACCGGGCAAGCUGGCGAAAGAUCAGGCCAUGAUGGCCGGCGUCCCCUACGCCUCCAUGCUGGGUGUGGUGAUCAUAGGAAUGGGCCUCAUGGCCUACAUCAACGGCUGGCAACCCGAACCAACUUCCCGUCACUGAAGGCAAUCGUUGAAAAUCUACUACUUCGAUUCUCUAGACACGCACUUUUCUCGCUGGCAUUGCACAUACCUACGGCGUUUCUGCAUUGAAAGCGGUCAAUCGUUUCACACCGACUUCCGUCCCGUCGUUUUCAUUUUUUCUAGUUCCCUAUGUACCUAUUACUUUUUAUUUUCUCUUUUCUGUAUGAAUUGCGAGACCGACGAUUGUUUCAUCCCUGAUGUCUCUAUUUCUCACGAGCAAUAGAGACAAACACGGUAGGGAAGGCGUUUCACUUCCUCUUUUUUUCUUUCCUUUUUUUUUUCGGAAUUCAAAUCCUUUCGAGGUCUUACUUGAUCCGCGCUGCAGCACGGUGUUCUCUUUGUGAACUUUUGGGCAAACCAGGAACGGGAAACGGAAUGAUGGACGACGACUUUUUCUUUAUACUGGGCACAAAAAA